AUGACUUCUCCGGCUGAGAUUAUUGAAGAAUUGAAUCCAACCGAUGUGGUUGUUAGUGUGGCUGAUCCACUAACUUCCUCUACCACGUCUCAAGUGCCUUUAAACGUCUCAGCAGCUUUGGCCGUACCGGCGAUAGAAGAUUCGGUGGUUACGGUGUCUUCGGCGGGAGCGCCACGUUCUUCUGUGGGAAAGUCUUUAAACCAAACCGAAACUCAGCAGGUUUCGGAGGGAAUUUUUAAAGGCAUCAAGUGCGACUCGCCAUCGCCCCCUAGACAAAUGUUCAAAAAUCAUCGAUCUUGUGACCGAUUUCAAGAAUUUAUCUCGAUAACUCUCGCUGAUCGCAUCCGUUCAGGCGCUGUUCGGACUUGGGGCGAGGUUGGGAAGGUCGAUUCCCCUUGGCUGGUCUUACCUUUAACGGUCGAACCUAAUAAGCCUCGUUUGUGCGUGGACRCAAGAUUCCUAAACUUGUGGAUGGGGGAUACGCCUUUCAAUYUCGACACCCUGGUGUCAGUCCCCCAGUUUGCGUACCCUGGUUCAUACCUUUCGAAGAUAGAUGACAAAUCGGGGUAUGAUCAURUUCUUCUGUCAGAGGACUCCCAACAGUACYUUGGGGUCGAGUGGAAGGGGUGGUGGCUUGUUGGAACCACACUCCCGUUCGGUUGGAAAAACUCUCCGUUCGUCUACCAGUCCAUUGGUCUAAGUUCAACCACAUUCCUCCGGGAAAGAGGCAUCACCUCUUSCCUAUACAUCGAUGACCGGUUGUUAGGCGAAAUCUAUAGUGAGGAGGGAAGAUGGUCUCGCAGAUUGGAGAUAAGAGAUGAYGACUUUAGCCGGGAAGCGGCGGUGGCGRCGUUGUACGUGACUUGCGCAGUGUUGUUAGGUUUAGGCUAUUUUCUUGGCCUUAAGAAGUGCAUACUUUUACCCACUGUCAAAAUUCAAUUUCUCGGAAUGAUCAUUGAUACACAGGCGCAAGCAUUCUCAGUCCCACGAGAUAAGCGUGUUAAGUUUGCAGAGUUACGAGAGGCCAUCUUAUCGUGCAAAGAGUCGACGUCUCUGRAAUCUAUACAAAGACUUAUGGGAAAAUGCUCAUCGUUUUCUUUGGCAUUCCCCSGGGCUAGAUUUUACAUUAGAGAAAUGGCUGCGUCCAUCGGGAAGGCAAAUCGUGGCUCAGAGGUGACUUUAUCAAGGGAUCUAAGGAAGGAGAUAGAAUUCUGGCGAUUYUUAGACUCCUGGAACAGGUUCAUCCCUUGGAGACAAGAGAGACAUGUGUCGCUAAGGAUGUCAACUGAUGCUUCCUCUUUCCGCUGGGCUGCAACAUUGCAUCUUGCCUCCGGUGACGAAGAGCUAGGCGAUUACUGGAGCGAGGAUUUGCGCAAGGAGCAUAUUAAUGUGAAGGAAUUUUACGCUGUGUUGCAAGCGAUUAGGUCUCUUCCCGACUCAGUCACUGACUGCAGGGUAGAUGUGAAUGUCGACAACCAGGGGACGUGGCCCCAAGUCACUCAAGUUAACAGAGGUGGCUCGCCAACUGUUUCACGCGACCACGGAAAGAAACUUAUCACUCCAUAUGGUUUACGUUCCUUCAGGUGCUAA